AUCCACAGAGCUUUGCAGAGCAGAGACGCUUUGGGACUGGACACGAGAGACGGAGAUCAGAUAUUCAUUCACAGAUAUCAGUGCUGAGAGAAAGACAGAAAGAAAGAGAGUGAGACAGAAGGAGAGCAAGAAAGAAAGACAGAAAGAAAGAAAGAAGAUAAUAAAGGACAGAGAACAGGAAUGGGAUUGCUACGUGUUGCAGAUUUGGUGACGGGGAGGAGCAGUGAGGAGAAGGAGGCGGGACAUGUGUGUGUGGAGGUUGGCGAGUACGAGUCUGCCAUCACCCGCGAGAAACAGGACGGGACACACACACACACACUCCUGAGUGACAACACACAGGACGCACAACACAACCUCAAACUCAAUGUGGACAUAUCGGGACAUCUGAAGUUAGAGACAAUUGAUGAUCUGUACAACAUCCUGCAGCUCAGACAGAGGAGGAAAGAGAGGAAGAGACAAAUACAUCAGAAGCAACCUGAACCUGAGAUCCUGCCUGAAAUAGUGGACGAAUCAACAUUUUUAACAGCUGCAACAGAAAAUAAACUGGCCGUGGUGGAGAAGUUUCUCUCUGAUGGCGGAGAUCCAAACGCUUCUGAUCAUUUUAAGCGCUCUGCUCUGCAUAAAGCAUGUUAUCGAGGUCACGUCGACAUCAUGAAGAAACUCCUCGAGGCCGGAGCUUCCAUAGAGAACAGAGACAAGUUGGAUGCGACAGCAGUACACUGGGCGUGUAGAGGAGGCAGUCUUCCUGCACUGGAGCUGUUGCUUAACGAAGGAGGAAAACUGAACACCAGAGACAAAUUACUCAGCACGCCGCUGCACGUGGCAGUUCGGACGGGUCACUACGAGUGUGCAGAGCAUCUGAUCCACUGCGGAGCCGAUAUUAACGCUAGAGACAGAGAGGGAGACACUCCAUUGCAUGACGCAGUGAGGAUCAACAGAUUCAAGAUGAUCAAACUGCUGCUGAUGUACGGCGCUAACAUCAAGUGCAAAAAUAAUGAUGGAAAGACGCCGAUGGAGAGUCUGCUCUCGUGGCAAAGCGGAGCUAAAAACAUCCUGAGUGACUUUAAAGACGAGACGCUUUCUGUUACUAUGUGAAGAGAGAGAAAAUAUUAAUAAAUUAACAUUACCAUUAAAACGACAUUGAGAGGGAAAUAACACCAGGCUUCAUUACAUCCGAUUCACUGUAAAUCAGACGCACAGUGAUGAUAAUUGCUGGCAAUUUCUUUGAUAUUAAUUUCUAUGAAAAUUUCUAUGCGAAUGUGUUUAUAAUGGUGGUGAAAUAUUAAAUUCCAAUAGUGACCCGUGACAGAGAAACAGGAAGCUGAUGGAUUCAGAAAAGUUAUUAAUGUGCUUUCUGGAUGUUUCUUGACUUGAUGAUGGUGUUCGGCUGCACAGUGACGAUUUUCAUUUCCGCUGGCCACAUCACAACUAAAGCACUGAAAUUUCUAUAGAAAUAUGUUAGAUUUUUGAUUGAAUGAUGUCGAAUAGUCUGUGAAUUUAAUUCUUCUGAUUUUUCUUUACUUUAUUUCAGUGUGUGUGUGUGUGUUUGUGUGUGUGGUGUCAGCGGUUAUCAUGUGUCUCGUCACUGUCAGUAUGACGAUGAUGAUGAUGAUGAGGAUGAUGAUGAUGAUGAUCAGGAAGUGAUGACAGGUUUGAGGAUGUCGGCUGAUUUAUGAGCAGAUUUGAGACUUUGUUCACUGAUAUUUUUGUUUAAUUUGUAUUUUUACUUUUUCUUUCAGUGUAAUUAUUCCAACUUGCUUGAUUCCAUUUUGAUUAAGUUCUUUUGCUGCAUUUAUUUAUUUAUUAUAUUUGAAUAAAGAUUUUUUUGUUUGUUUUGC